GGCACGGCAUGGCACAGCAUGUGCUGGGACCUGCAGGCAUUGCGGAACACUGCGGAGGCUGGUCCUCACGUGGAGGGUGUUUUCCAGCAUCGUGCUUUCCAUCCAGAAGUGGAGCAGCAGGCUCCCUGCCCCAGGCACACCACGGCUGGGGCAGCUGGACCUGAACAAGCAGGGUGGAAAGAGCUCAGAGAAACCCCUUACCUGCCAGCCCUGUCUCCUGCUUACCUGAGUGGCCCCCGGUGUCGACGGCUGUCCCAAAGAGCAGCACAUACUCGAGCAGCACCAGCAUGCUUGUUACAACCCGCUGCGGGAUGGCUGGGUGCUGGUGUCGGCCCAUUGGGUGAAGCGCCCCUGGCAGGGGCAGCUGGAGAAGCUGCCCCCGAGGACGUGCCCCUCUGGGACCCCAACAACCCCCUCUGCCCUGGGGCCACCCGGGCCAACGGCAAGAUCUUCGAGAACAAGGGAGUGAUGAUGGGCUGCUCCAACCCAUACCCCCACUGCCAGGUAUGCGCCAGCAGCUUCGUCCCAAACGAGGUGCGCCUGGAGGACCGGACCCAGCAGCAGCACCUGAGCCAGCACAGCAUGCCCAUGCUGCUGGAGUAUGCUGAGCAGGAGGCUCGCUGGAAGGAGUGGCUGGUGGUGGAGAAUGUGGACUCUGUGCCAUACUGGGCCACCUGGCCCUUCCAGAUCCUGCUGCUGCCCUGCCGCCACAUCCGCCGCCUCCAGGACCUCUGCGAGGGCAAGAGGGACAGUGAGUGGCUCCACACCCUGCCAGCCCCUGUCCCAUGUCCUUUGGGCUCAGCCUUCGUUAGGAGGCAGCUCUGCAGCAGCCUCGCUGGUGCCAGAGGGUCCAUGUCCCCCUGGGGUGCAGGGCUGCUUGGGUUUGGCUUGGGGGGGAUGGGCACCUCUGUUAUGCCAGGGCAGGAGCUGUGUGUCCAGGUGCAGGCUGUACUGGUGGGGGGACUGUCAUCCUUUCUGGGGUGAUGAAGCAUGUGGUGCCCCAUAUUUUUGGGGUGCUGGCUGAUUAGGAAUGGGGGCUCCUCCUGCUGUGUUGCUCAGGUUGUCUGCAUGGAUGGGGGGGACUGGCCAGUGCAUCCCUCCUGCCUGUCACUGAUGUCCACCCAGGGAGAGGUGCUGAGGGUGACCUCCCCCCCAGCCAGGUAUGCCGCCUGCCCUCAGUGGGGGCUGACCAGCUCAGGGUGCAGCUCCCCGGCACUCUCCUGCAGGCCUGGCCUCCACCAUGCAGAGGCUGUUCAUCAAGUGCGACAAGGCACACUACAAGUGGAGGGCCAAGGAGAUGUCGUGACAGGGAGCAGUGGAGCCAGCUUUGGGUGAGGCCGGGGAGAGGAGUCAGCUGGGGGUGGUGACAGCUGAGGCCUGGGAACUCAUGUCACUUGUGAGCCCUCAGGUCUCCCAGCUUCUCCUGAGCCUUGUCAUGGCUGGUCCUGGCUUGGGGACUGGUUUUGCCUGUUCAGGUACCCCAGUCCUAAUCCUGCUGCAUCACCAUGCACUCUGUCUCCUUCCCCAUCCCAGGCUGCAUCUUCCUGCCUCUGCAGCAUGCUCCUACAACCACUAAAGGGCUCACCCUCCUCCCAGUCCAGUCUUACUGGUGGGGAGUGCUGCCUGCCCCGUGGAGGGGCACAGCCCUCCUGGCCAAUAAAACCUGGAAGCAAAGUG